GGGGGGAAAGAAGACCUGCUCCCACUGUUUACCUUCUGACUUUGAGAUGUCUUGGUGACUUGAGAGAACUUACUGCACUUCCAGCGACUGAACGCAAAGGUCAGAAGCAACUUGAAGCCGAUGCCUCUGUCUGACAGUUACCGUCUGGACAACAGCACCUUCUCAGCCGAGUUGUUUCCAACCCCCCCACCCUCUUCAAAGCGGUGGCCACAGCAAGAUCUUUGGCAACGCUGAAUCAUGCCCCUGAAGGCCUACUCCCUGCUUUCAUGUGGGGGGGAAGAUUUUUUCUAGAGGGGGCAUCUUGGGGGCUUUCAGAAAGUUCUCCCUUGAGAUGGAUCUUUUCGGUGACUGGGAAGAACCGGGUCGCUGUUGUUUUUGUGCUUGUUUGAACUUGUCUUCGGAACCCUUUUUGGAGUAAAAGUUGGAUUCUGAACUUGAGUGUGCAUGUAUGGGAAAAGUGGCCGGGACAUACGUUGAAUUAACUAGCAUGGUGCAGAUUGGUUAAAUAAAAAAUCGUCUCUUUGCCAAGGGCUCAAAUGAGUGGCUCACAGUCCGCAAUCACGGACAGGUUUCCCCUCAAAAAACCUACAAGGCAUGGCAGCAUCCUGAGCAGAGAGUCUCCAGCAGACAAGAAGCAGAAGGUUGAGCGCUGCAUCAGUGCCCACGACUUUGACCCUACAGAUAGCUCCUCCAGGAAGACAAAGUAUAGCUCAGAGGAGAGUAGAUCCGAGACGUAUGGUCUUGUCCAGCGUUGUGUUAUUAUCCAGCGAGAUGAAAAUGGAUUUGGGCUGACGGUCAGUGGAGACAAUCCAGUAUUCGUGCAGUCAGUCAAAGAAGAUGGAGCAGCCAUGCGGGCCGGAGUCCAAACUGGUGACCGAAUCAUUAAGGUGAAUGGGACGCUGGUAACGCACUCAAACCAUUUGGAGGUGGUGAAGCUAAUAAAGUCGGGCUCCUAUGUAGCUCUCACUGUACAGGGGCGCCCUCCCGGGUCGCCCCAAAUUCUGUUGGCCGAUUCUGAAAUGGAUCCAGCAGCAUGUACGUCCGGCAGCAUGUCUCCUGUCACGACAUCUCCUCACUCACCAGGAGCAUCUGGAAACACAGAGAGAAUUACCAGCCCAGUGCUGAUGGGGGAAGAAAAUAAUAUUGUUCACAACCAGAAAGUAGAGAUUUUGAGAAAGAUGUUGCAGAAGGAACAGGAGCGGUUGCAGUCCUUGCAAGAAGACUACAGCCGUACGCCUGUUCCCCGACUACUCAAGGAGAUCCAGGAAGCCAAGAAGCACAUCCCCCAGCUGCAGGAACAGCUGUACAAAGCAACUGGUUCUGCGCAGGAUGGCAUUUUGUCUUCCAAAUCUGCAACGGAGCCUUUGCAGUUCAGCGAGGUGGAUGCUGAGAGUGGGGAAGGGCUGAGCAAGGGAGACUGCAGCUUUGGCGAAGGCUCCCAGUCGAACAGCGACACAGCCGAGAGUCCCCGGAGUGGCCCAAAGGAGCGGAUCUAUCUGGAGGAGAGCCCAGAGAAGAGUGAGAUUCAAGAUUCUGAUUCUCAGUCCAGUAUUGGAAGUCCCUCUUCUCGCAUAGCACCUCCAAUCAUAGGAGCAGAGGAUGACGAUUUUGAUGCGGAACAUGAACAGAUCAACGGGCAGUGCAGCAGCUGUUUCCAAAACAUAGAGUUGCUGAAAUCUCGUCCGGCUCACCUGGCUGUCUUCCUGCACCAUGUUGUGUCCCAGUUUGACCCUGCUUCACUGCUUUGCUAUCUUUUUGCGGACCUGUACAAGCAAACCAACACCAAAGAGACCCGUCGUGUUUUCACAGAGUUUAAUCAGUUCUUCCUGGAGCGAGCAUCGAAUCUGAGGGUCCCAGUUCCGGAUGAAAUUUCUGCAGAUCUAGAAAAAAGGAGGUUAGAAUUAAUUCCUGAAGAGCUACAUCGCCACUACAUCCAAACUAUGCAAGAGAAAGUCUUUCCUGAGGUCCAGAGGCACCUUGAAGAUUUCAGACAGAAACGCAGCAUGGGGUUGACUCUGGCAGAAGGGGAGCUGACCAGACUGGAUGCAGAACGCUUUCGGGACCGAGCUGCGCUGGAGAGGGAGCGAGCAUGUGCGGAGCAGAUCCUGACCAAAAUUGAAGAAGUGUUGAUGACCUCCCAGCCCGUUGAAGAAGAAAAGAGUUCAGCUGUGCAGUAUGUUGUUCUUGCCUACAUGAAACACCUCGGUGUGAGAGUCAAAGAGCCCCGGAAUCUAGAUCACAAGCGGGGGCGGAUCGGGUUCCUGCCAAAGAUCAAGCAAAGUAUUAAGAAGGAGAAGGAAGGGGAUGAAAAGAAGAGAAGAGUCUUUCCCAAUAUCCUGGGACCCCCAAGGAGGCCGAGCCGCCAUGAUAGCUAUGCAAUAGGCAGAGCCAUGGAGCUGCAGAAGCAGCGCCACCCAAAGCACUUAUCCUCACCUUCCUCGAUCAGCCCAGAGCCACUGGAUCCUGGAAAGAUGCGCCAGAGCGGCUCCGGCGACAGCACGGAUGUACCCUACUCCCCUGCUAACCCCGUGUCCCCACUUGCAGCUGGGACCUUCUCUUCCCAGGAAGGGAGUAAGGACAGUGAAACAGGAUCAAAGACAGUUGGAGAAGCUCCGUCUUGUAGUGACUCCAUGGAUGGCACACCUCGCACGCCAAACCCCAUCUUCGAUUUCCCUUCUCCUCCCCUGGACCAUUUGCAGGAAGAAGAGGGAGAGCUUGACAGGUUAGCAGAUUUGGGAACUCCAAAGUCUUUCCGCAAGAUGGAGAGUGUGGGCGCUGGAGAUAACCAGAGUGAAGACGAGCUGUUUGUCGUUGACCUGGAGACAGACCUGCCCAACUGGCAGCAGCUGGUGAGCCGGGAGGUGCUGCACAGCCUCAAGCCCUAUGAGAUCAAACGCCAGGAAGUUAUUAAUGAGUUGUUCUACACCGAGCGUGCUCAUGUCCGUACACUGAAAGUCCUCGAUCAGGUCUUCUACCAGCGGGUGUCCCGUGAAGGGAUCUUGCCUGCCUCUGAUUUGAGGAAUAUAUUUUCAAAUCUGGAGGAGAUCCUUCAGCUCCACGCUGGGCUGAACGAGCAGAUGAAAGCCGUGCGAAAAAGGAACGAGACAUCCGUUAUUGAUCAGAUUGGAGAAGACUUGUUAACUUGGUUCAGUGGAGCAGGAGAGGAGAAAUUGAAACAAGCCACUGCCACCUUCUGCAGUAACCAGCCCUUCGCUCUGGAGGUGAUCAAGUCACGGCAGAAGAAAGACUCCCGCUUCCAGACUUUUGUCCAGGAUGCCGAGAGCAACCCGCUCUGUCGCCGACUGCAGCUGAAAGAUAUAAUUCCCACUGAGAUGCAGAGGCUGACCAAGUACCCACUGCUGCUGGAUAGUAUUGCCAAAUACUCAGAGCAACCCGAGGAGAAGGAGAAAGUGAAGAAGGCAGCAGAUCAUUGCCGGCAAAUCCUCAACUACGUGAACCAAGCUGUUAAAGAAGCAGAGAAUAAGCAGCAUUUGGAAGACUACCAGCGCCGGCUCGAUUUGUCCUACUUGAAGCAGCUGGAGGGCCCCAUGUUGGAUGAGUUCAGGAAUUUGGAUCUAACCAAGAAGAAGAUGAUUCAUGAAGGGCCUCUGACGUGGAAGGUGAAUCGCGACAAGACUAUUGAUCUCUACACACUCCUCUUGGAAGACAUCCUAGUGCUGUUGCAAAAGCAGGAUGAUAGACUGGUGCUGAGAUGUCACAGCAAGAUCCUGGCUUCCACAGCCGACAGCAAGCACACCUUCAGCCCUGUCAUCAAGCUGAACACUGUGUUGGUUCGCCAAGUGGCCACAGAUAACAAAGCUUUCUUUGUCAUCUCCAUGUCGGAAAACGGAGCCCAGAUUUAUGAACUGGUGGCACAGACGGUUUCUGAAAAAACUGUUUGGCAGGACCUCAUAGCCCGGAUGGCAGGGACAGUGAAGGUUGCCAGAGGCCGACGGGCAAUCCCCUUGCCCCAACCAGGACCCUGCGAAGACGAUCGUGAAGAGGAAGACCAGCAGAAACUGAAGGAGGAACAAGCAACUCCUGAUAGCAGCAUGCCGAGUCCAGAUAAGGACCUGGGCUUGGAGUCUCCUCUGAUGCUGAAGGCUCAGUCCCCUUCAACAGCCAUGUCUGAGAAGCUGGUGGAAGAGGAGCUCCUGGAGGCCAGCAGGCCGUUUGGCAAAGGGCCCCCGACAGACCUGCUGAUCAAAGAAUCCUCCGAGCACUACGGCCCACCAAGUUCAGAACACGUUGCCCAAAUUUCAGAGGAACGGUGGGCAUUGGAUGCACUACGGAACUUGGAUUUACUGAAGCAGCUGCUGAUGCAGCAGUUGGGCCUGUCUGAAAAGGAAGCCCUUGAGGACCACCAGCAUUUCUCCAGGCAUAGGACAGUCUCCCAGGGGGCCCAGGUAGAAACUAGUGUGCAGAGAAUAUCGAGACACUUAUUCAGCAAGACAUCCCCACCUGGGGUGAGUAGGAUACCCUCUGGCAUGGGAACAAGCACCUGCGAACCUUGUUACGGUCACCAAACUUCAGGUGAAUUCCUGCAGCCUGGGGACACCACAUCAAGUAACAAUCAAUUAACGGACCCCUUGAGCACCAACCCAGAUAUCCCAGCUACGGAACUGGAAGGAGUGGGCGCGGAGGACAGCGGAGAGCACUUUUUCGAUGCUCGUGAAGGCCACAGCGAUGAGAACCAAUCGGAAGGCGAAGUGGCAGAAAGGAAGGAGGAAGAGGAGGUGCAGUUGCGGAUCUCAGGAAACUAUUUGAUCCUUGAUGGAUACAGCACAAUGCAGGAGAGCUCCACGGACGAGGAGGUGUCUUCACUGACUCAGCGGUCCACUGCAGGCAGUGGUGCAACGGACUCUGCCCCCCAACAGCGGACGUCCCUGCCGGAUACCCAGUCGGACCGAGGAAGCUCGCUGUUCGUGGAGGAAUUCAUGACCUCCCACUGGGAAGCUGCAGAGGAACCUAGCUCAGGUGUACCAAGCCCUCCCUUUUCGGUAGAGUCGUGUGCCCAGAUAAUGCGUUAUAUCCAGAAGAUAGCGGCUGACCUUGAACGCUUAAAGGAAGUGGAGGAGAAUUAUGCCACUCUUCAGCAAAGGCUGGCUGGAUCAGCCCCCGCAAACGAGCACUCAGAUAAAAGUUAAUGACGUUUCCUGAAAGUGGCUGAAGAUUGGAUGAGAGCAUCCGCCUUGUGCUGGUGCCUGCAGGCCUCUGCGCGGACUCUGUAGCGAGAGGACUCUUUUCCAUGGACCAUUCACCCCUGAGUGCUGCAGCUCAUCAGGGGAAGAAAAGGGCUGCUUUCCUUCUAGGCCCGUGCCCUGACCUUUCAGGGAGAGAUGGUGUUGCUGUGCUCUUGUUCCUCCUCUUGCUGCCAGAAAACCCUCCUUUUUAAUUCAGAAAAGAGGACAGGAAAAAAACGAAACGAAAACAAAUGAAAAACCAAAUGUACAAAGCUUUGGGUGUAGGAUAUAAAACAAAUGUAUUUAGACAUAAAAAGAAAACAAUCAAUGUAUUUAUUUGACUUCAUUCCGUGUACUGAAAGCACACUUUAAUUUGUAUUUUAUUUUGCUUUUUUUU